GCAAACUAACACUAUCCAAUGAAGAUGGACCCUCCCUCUCUCACUCCCCACGUGGGAUGACUACAUCCCAUCCAGUUAACCUCCAAAAUAUCUCCUAAGUUCAGCCGCUACUCUGUUUCCACUGCCUCUGUGGGCAAGUUGGGUAAUUGGGAAAUCUGUAAACCCCAUGUUGGGAGAAGAUAAAAAGGGACUUAGUUAACCAAAGGGAGCAAGGAUAGGUGGAAGCUGGUGCAGGGGAGAAAGGGUCUAGGAUUCAAAGGGGAUGUAGAGACGGUGGGGCUGGCCAGCAGGGCGGGAGGGCACCCUGGCUGUGGGAAGACAAACACCAACUCCCGGCUUGUUUGGAGAAUGCUGAGAUGGCAGAGACCAGAGACGGCAUCAAAUAUCACAGAGGUGGGGCUGGCUGGAGGCUCUGUCCCCGCGGCCAACUUUGGAGCUGGGCUUUCUCCUCGGAUGUGUUGGGGGGUGAGUAGAGAUCUUGGGGGCACCUUUGCCACUGGGUCUCCCUAGGGCAGCCCUGCAGCAUGCACAAGCCCGAGGCCCCUGCUUUGUGAGGCUGCGGAGGGUGUUCCUUUUCCAGCUGCAAACCCAGUGGGCAGUUUUGCUGCUGAGCGUCCAGGACCCAGUCCGUGAGGUGUGAGCGGAGCGGGCACUUGGCAUUCCCCAGCUCAGCUCCAGCUCUGCCCGGAAACAGGGGGCUUCAGGGGACUCUUGGAACUGGAUUCGAAACUUUGGGAUCAAGCAGUGAAGGACCUGGACUACAACGCCAGCUUGGACUUCCAGGACUCUGAGCAGCUGGGCUUGCUUUUCUCAUAUCCCUGCUCUUCCCCUCACCCUCAUGCGCCUCGAUCCUUCCUCCCUAAUCCCUCCUUCCUCCUCCUCCCCCUGUUCCCCCGUGGUCCUCACUCUUCCCUCACGCCAUUAAUCCCCCUCACCCUAUUAAUCCCCUCACCACAUCACCUCCUUCCUCCAGUCUUCCUCCAGCUUCGCAUACCCCUCUUUUCCUCCUCCCGGGUUCUCCUCCUACCUCUAGUUUUUCCUGCUCCUCUUACGUGCCCCCUCCCCCACAUUUCUCUGUCUCCCCUUUUUCUCUCACCAGUCUUUCUCCUCUCCGCCCGCUUUACUCCUCCCCCUAUCUUUCCACCUCCUGUCCUCACUUCCCUCUCUCCUCAUCCACCGCGGGGGCCCCCCCCCCCCCGGCCCCGCCCCCCACUGUUUGCUCUCCUCCCGGAUCCCGGAUGAAGAGGUUGCCCUGCCCAUGUCUGGCCCUGCCCCACUUCUGGCUUCUGGGGUCUCACUUCAUGGCUCAGGGCUCCGGGACUCAGGCCCCAGGGAAAGGGCCCUCGCUCAGCAUCCAGCUCCUGCGAGCCCAGUACGAAGGCUUGAGGCGGCAGCAGAGGGCCCAGGCCCACGUCGUGGUGCUUCCCAAAGGAGGGAACAUGGCUGCUCCUGCUGAAUCCAUGGUCAGUGCUGUUUGGAUUAACAAGGAGAGAAGGCAUUCACUGUCUCUGGAUGAGGCAGAUCCUGAGGCAGCAGGGAUGCUGGAGGAGGCUGACAGAGGCUGUCCGCAGGCCCCUGAGUCUCCAUGGCACACACACCUAGAGAUGCACCGCUUGGUCCAAGCCUUCCACCAGGAAACCAGUCAUCAGACAAAACACAAGGGCAAGCUCAUGGGGUCUGAGCAAAGGCUCCCUGAGGAAGGAGACCCAGGCUUGCUUGAAAACAAUCAGAUGACUCAGCAAGGGACCACGAACCCAGAGGCAGCUCAGAGUGAGUGUCAGGUGGGCAGUGCCCAUACCAAGGUGGUGGGAUCCACCUUAAACAUUGGCGUUCAGUGCCCUCCUUCCAUAAAGACCACACUCAGAUCUGGAAAACCAGCUCACUAUCCAUUUCCUCAAAGGAAAACUCCCAGGAUCUCCCAAGCUGCCCGGAACCUGGGCUUAUAUGGCCCAGCCUGAAGCUUUCUACUCAGCCUGUUGUCCCAACCUCGAGGCCAGCUAUGGCUUCGUCAAAGAAUGCAGGAGGCAGAGCCACAAUGAGGGCCUCCAGCUGUGCACAGGAACUGGACUAACUCAAUUGUAGGGAUUGUGGGAAAUGAACCUUACAGUGGGCACAUUGCCUUGUCCCUGAGAACAGAAGAGAUUUCCCAGGCCAGAUUUCUCACAGUCCAGGAUGAAAGUGCUAUCUGAUCAAUGCAGCCCCUUUCUGCUUUUGUAAAAAGACAUUGCUAUGGAGGCCUGGAUGCCCAUUCCUUGGGGAGGUCUCUAGAACUAGGGAAUUUUGAAACAUAACACAGGCACCCCAGCCAGUGGAAUGCCUUAACAAUGUCCUGGAGUCAAUGGACGCGGGCAAUCUUGUUUUCAAUAUCUUCUGAUGAUUUUUCACAUGUUCUGGAGAAGAUGAGCUAUGAGAAUUGACUUUUUCUGGUUGCUAUGCCUGGAGGCCAGCUCACUUAGAAAUCACUACAUUCACUGGUAGUGGUCGCCCCAUUUCAGCUGGAGCAUCCCAAAGUAUGGUCACCCUGGGUAAAAAGGGUCACAACAGGGUCACCUACUGUUUUAUGUGUUUGAGGGGUCUUCAGAAAGGGCCGGUCCUAUCUCACUGAGACUGCAUAUUCCAGUCUCAUCAUAGAUUUCCUUCCCUCCAUCCCUCCCUCCAUCCUUCCUGUCUGCCUUUCUAUUUGUCUGUGUUCUCUCUCUCCUUCCCUCCCUCCAAUGCUCCAAAUUAAGUUCUUAUUAAACACUGCCAAUCACUGAAAUAUAUAGUUACAGGAGCCUGAGCAGAAGGGGACAAAGAAAUGCUCCUGCUUGGAAAAUAUGUGCUCCCCACACACUGCUCCCUUUCAGCCACAUUGAGAUCACUCAACCUUCCUAGGGUAUUUGAAACCUAAGAGAAAGCGAAGCAGGUGCUACUUGGGUGAUGGGGAAGAAAGUAUGUCUUUCCUGGUUAAUGUUUAACUUUAGCAAUGAUAUUUAAACACAUCUAAGGGGCCUUGCCCUCCUAUCAGAUUCUCUCUCUGUCACAUUUCACCCACGUCUUCCUUUUUUUCCUCAUGGUGAUCCAGUCUUGCCCCUCCACAUCCCGACUUGUCAA